ACAAUCAAUCUAUGACUGUUUCUUCUCUUAAAGAGAAACUCAUUUCUCAAUGGCCUAAAGAUAAAGAAAAUACUCCAAAAACUGUAAAUGAUAUGAAGCUUAUCAAUGCCGGGAAAAUACUGGAGAACAAUAGGACACUUGCUGAAUCUAGGCUUCCUGUUUGUGAACUUCCUGGAAUGGUCAUUACUAUGCAUGUUGUUCUUCGCCUUCCUACGUUAGACAAAAAGAGUGAUUCCAACUUCCAUGUUUUUUUCCAUAGGAUUGGUGCUAAUUAAUUUUACUUGAGAUCAUGGUCAUAUCAUCUCAUUAUAUGAAAUUUUCUGUUCCACAGAAAAACUGCAGAAUGAUCCACCGAUGAAGAAUCGAUGCGUGUGUACCAUUUUGUAGCUGCGAGUAAAUUGGAUCAUAGAGA